ACGUGAUCAGGGAAGGGGGAGUAUGUGAACUGUAUCCUGAGUUGCAGUCCUGUGCCUGCAUUCCUCUCAUCUAGGAUUAGCUUGAAAGGAAAAAAAAUCAUAAAUAAUAACAGACGCAGAUUGGAAUACGGCGCUGAAGCAUCUGUUUUCAAUCAGGACUAACAUUUUAAAGGACGUGAUAUCCCUGGACGAUCGCAGAACUGGAUAUUUUUUUGCUUUACGUGAGGCGUCUAUAUAAAGGGCAUACAAAUGAGAGGAAAAGUAAAUAGAUACGUCGUUUUUAAUUCGCGUUAAACAGGAAAACAAGAUGGCUGAUGAGCGAUAACAAGGGCCAAACGAUAUCGUCUCCUUUAAGAGCAACAAAGGUAUCUGGCUUUAAUGCAUGAAUAUUUUAGGCGACUUAGCUUUGUGGGAAUGAAAAUACAUGACAUUAGGCUCUAAAAAUGAAUGCGAUUCGUCUCUGCUAAGUGCGGCCAGGUAAACAUCAGGCGAAACAUGGACAGGGAUCAGGUUGUAGAUUUUUCUAUAAUGUUUAACCAACACAGAUAGCGAGAGAAUAGCUUAGAUCAUGAUAAAAUCGCAGCUCUUUGUGGUUUAACGCUACGAGAGGAUGUUGGCAUACAUGUAUGCGCGUCAAUUGUAUGUUCAUUCAAAGUCGUGUCACUAUAAUAGAUAAAAUAGUCUUUCUAGCUUCACCUCUCUUAUAGUUGUAGGGGGCAGAAAUCCUAUCGAGAUAGUGUUACACGAGCAGCACAGAGGCUCAGGUCUACUUUAUUAUAAUUCCAGCAGGGCAAAUGUCAUGUGCCCUGGGCACAAAUCAAAUGCGUGAUCGACUGCUUCAGUAAAUGACUAUACAGCUGCUUACGAAAGGACGUUUUCUGCGCUUCAAGAACUUGUGGCGUCACCCUUUUCCUGUUUUAAACUUAGCAAAUACAUGCUUCCGACCUUACGACGUUUUCAUUUGGAUCUCACUGGUCUUAUCUUGACUGACACUGGAUAUUAGACGACGUCGCAGCCUUUAACUAGUAGUUUCGUGAGGCAUCUGUCACUGAGGCAUUUAACGCGUGCUCCGUCUGUCUCCGAGGUUUUGGGUGCCACAAAUAGACUGGUAAUUGUUUUUUUGACACAUAUUUACGCUUCUACUCGGUUUUGCCGAUAAACGGCUUCAUUUACGGUGCCUCAGAAGAAUAGCGUCCAGUAACGGUGUUUACAGGUAAAGUAGCAUAAUUAGUAAUCUAUAUUUUUGCUAUUUUCUUAAAUAAUAGUCAUCAGAUAAAGCCCGAGAGAAAUGGAUCACAAACUACUUGCAUAAAAUAAAUUAUUAUUACUAUUACUGCUUUUAUUUAGUUAUCGGAUAUAAAUGUAAAACUAAAAGUAAUCAUGUUUCGCUCACCCUAAAUUAUUAUUAUCAUAAUUAGUGCUCUUUCUUUUAUUAUUAUCAUUUGUCCAUAGAUUGUCGAAGUUUCUCUCGUUAAAAAAGGAACCCUGCACGUCAGAUUCCUUCUUUCACGCCCGACUGUGGUAUUUGAUUGCUGACUAACUUUGCCAGGAGCAGAAACGCUCCCUUGGCAUGUUUGGGUCUGAUCGGCAGCUGUUUCUCUGGGGCUUCUGUGCUCGUAUGUUCUUCAACACCUGGAUCUAAAGGAAGGAGUCUUAAAAAUGAGCGAAACCUUAUUGAGACGGUGCUAGAACUUGGUGUUUGCCUUUAACUCAAAACUGGAUGUCUGAUCAACUGGUUGAGAUGGCUGAGAACUGGCGGAACUGCUUCGAGGAGGAACUCAUUUGUCCCAUUUGUUUGCAUGUGUUCGUGGAGCCCGUGCAGCUGCCGUGCAAGCACAACUUCUGCCGGGGCUGCAUCAGCGAGGCCUGGGCCAAAGACACGGCCAACGUGCGCUGCCCGGAAUGUAACCAUGCGUACAACCAGAAACCAAACCUGGAGAAGAAUAUCAAACUGACUAAUAUUGUCGAAAAGUUCAACGCGCUGAAUGUCGAGAAAGCUCCGGCCGUGUUGCAUUGCAUUCUGUGUAGGCGAGGGCCUCCUAUGCAAGCGCAGAAAGUGUGUCUUCGUUGUAAUGCGCCCUGCUGCCAGUCUCACAUCCAGACGCAUCUCCAGCAGCCCUGUCCCGCUCCUGGACACCUACUGGUGGCUGCUGAGGAGGUCCGGGCUUGGAGCUGCUCGCACCAUGAUGAGUACAGACUGUAUCACUGCGAUGUGGAACAGGUGGCGGUCUGCCAGUACUGCUGCUUCUCCAGAUGUGCGCCCAACCACGGCCAUGCGGUGUGCGACGUGGAAGUACGACGCAAUGACAUCAGGCAUAUGUUAAUGAAGCAGCAGGAUCGCAUUGACGAUCGAGUGAAAGACAUCGAGGAGCAGCUGUAUAAGUUGGAGUCUGACAAACUACUGGUGGAGGAUAAGGUACGGCAGCUGAAGGAGGAGGUGCGUGUGCAGUAUCACAAAAUGCACCAGCUCUUAGAAGAUGACCUGGGGAGAACUCUAGAGGUGCUGGAUAAAGCACACUCCAAAUACUGCCAGGAGAACUCGACGCAAACCCUCCAGCUCAAUGAACGCCGCCAGGAGGCCAAGAAACUGCUCAGCUCUGUCCAAGUUGUGUUUGACAAGGCAGAGGAUAUUAACAUUAUGAAGAACACAAAACCAGUAAAAAUACUCAUGGACAGAUCACAGUCAUGCACAGGCAGUGUUCUGCCUCCGUACAAAGUGGGUCAUCUUAAUUCCAAAAUAUUCCUGUCUGAAGUCUCAAAAAAGGAAAAGAACUUGAGAAAAAUACUGGAAGCACCAUUCAGUACUCCCGCGCACUUCCUCCAGAGCAUUUCUGUCCACCCCUCCAGUGUGAAUACCGCCGGGGGUGAGAAACGCAAACACUCCACGGCCUUCCCUGAAAGCAGCACCAGCCUGCUGGAGUCCUCAUCCGGCCCCAUGAGCAAACAGCAGUUCCUGGGUCAAGGUUCCAACUCCACAGACGGGCCAACAUCGCAGCCGCCCAUGGCUCCCUGUAGCUCCACCCAGCACAUUGUAGGCCUCAGCAGUAGCAGCAGCGCCCAGUCUGUCCAUCAUUCCAGCUCCGUUUUUACUCCUGCCGACUACCCCAACCCUAGCUCGUCCCAGCAGGCCAUGCUGCCGCAGUAUGGCGGCCGUAAGAUUCUCAUGUGCACGAUGGACAACUGCUACUGCUCUAGUGUCCCCUCCAUAUCGAAUCACCGCGGCCAUCCUCCAUACCCGCGCUCGGGAUCGUUCCCUUGGACACAGGACUACACCCACCCCCUGCCCUCAACUCCCUCAAUGUCCCAGCCUUUACAGGGGCUCUCCAUGCACGACUGGAUCGACGCCUCACAGAGCCACAGGCACCCUGAUUUCUAUGGAUUGUAUGGGCAAUCUUCCACUAAACCAUACGUCACCAGUUAACUUCCACUGCAUCACUGGUUUAUCUCCAAUAACUCGCCCAUUUCCUUAAGGUUUGGUCACAUUUGUGAAAUUUAGGCAAAAUUUUCCAUGCAAAAACAGGUCCAUUGUCAAUAGAGAUGAGAAGCAAGAUCUGUCCACCCCAGUGUUGCCAAGUCCACAUUUUUCCCACGGUUCCCUGACAAAUGUAUUUUAUCCCCUAGAAUGCAAUUUUUAAUGGGGGACCUCCCCCUCGAAA